CACUCCACCAGCCCCUCCCAGAACAAAAUGGUAUCAUCUCUGCAGGAGGAGGGAGGCUGUUGCUGUCAAGAAUGGGAGGGAUGCACACAAACACAGGCAAAGAUCCAGAGGACUUGAAAACCUGUCUGGAGUGAGCGGUAUGCACUGCUCCCUCGACUCCUCAGACCAGUCCCAGCUGGAGAACCUAGAACUGGUUGAGGAGGUCAUGGUGGACCGCUCAACACAGACGGUCUGGGAAGACCAAAGUGAUACUGAGAGGCAAAGCUCCAGAGCAGAUUGGAACCAGUCUGGAGUGAGCAGUAUGCACUGCUCCCUCGUCUCAGACCAAUCCCAGCUGGAGGACCUUAAACUGGAUGAGGAGCUAACCGUGGGCAGCCCAAAAGAGCGGGUCUCCAGAUGGGAAAACAUGGGCUACACGGACAGCCAAAGCUCCAGAGCAGUUUGGAACCAGUCUGGAGAUUCAGUGGUCAGCAGCAUGUACUGCUCCCUUUUCUCCUCCAGCUCCUACCACUCUGAGGUGGAGGACUGCAAAGUGGAUGAGGAUCUCAUCGAAAUAAUCCACAGGCAAAUGGAGGACAGAGAGGAGAGAGCCAGCAAUCAGGAUGAGGAUGUCCAUUUCCUCGCGGUCCUCUGUGCUUGCUGCAAGGCUGCAUAUAAGAGCGGCCAGGAGAGUCUGGAUCUCCCCUACAGCAAAGGACAACUGAUAAAAGCAAUCGUGGUGGUGAUGGAGAAGUCCCCUGUGGAGUCUGGGCCUACCAUUCUCCUGCUUUAUGCCAUGGCUGCCGUCUCCUGCCUCAGCAAAAUCAAGCCUCCAACUGACCCAGAGCUAGAGUCUGCGAUCCUGCGCUUCGCUGUUCGCGGGGUCAUAACAGUGCAAGCAGGACAUGUCCACAAACAGGCUCUGCACAAACUAGCAGCAGACAAUCUGGAGCUGAUGCUGAGGGGUUUUUUGUCAGAGGCCCCAACCACACAGCAUCUCUUGUCCCUCCUGGAGCACAUCAACAUCUGGAUCCUCUCCAGGAAUGCCCAGGAGAGAGCACGAGCCAGCAAACAAUGCGCCAGCUUGCUCCGCUUUAGUGUCAUGAUGCCUGAUUGUGAUAACUCUGCAGAACUCCCCAGUUUGGGCCACCAUGUGGCGAAACUUGGAAUCUGCAUAAUGGAUUGCAGGAAGGAUGUCAGCCGAAACGCCAGGGAGGGAAUCUACCGGCUCCUGGAGGUGCUUCUCCACCACAAAGGCCAGAGCAGCAGAGAAGCUGGGGAGCUGUGGAGCCGGAGAUGGCAGGAGGAGGAAAGAAUUCUGGCCUAUCUGAACACCGCCAGAGUUGGGGAGGUUUUCAGGGAGAUCUUUAAUAAAGAUCAGCAAAGAUCCUUCCUGAGGACCACGAUUUGGGCCAUUAAUCAUCCCCUCCACAGGGUUAAGGAGGCUGGACUGAUCCUGCUGUACUCCCUCCUGGGCAAGGCCGAUGCACUGAUGGGGUAUGAGGAGGAGGAAAUCCGGAGGAAAAUCUGGCGUCGUCUCCGCCAAAUCAAAGAAAGCAAAGGGCUGCCUGAAGAAAUCGAAGGUGACUUACUGAUGGACCUUGGCAGUGCCGCUAAGCCGACUACCCUCCCAUGACACCUUUCCUUCCUUUCCAUAUAAAACACUCAAGUAUAAACAUAUCAAGAGAAAAAUCAUAUAACAUCUUAAUUAAAUGUAUUAUGUAUUAUCAUAAAUGUAUGUAUCAUAUGUAUCUUAUCAUAAAUGUAUUAAUCAUGAUCAAAAUUCCUCAAAGGGAUCAGGAAACUGAAAUAACACCUUUUAAAAUGUGGAUACCCUCAACGAUUACAACAUCAAUAGGACAUCAGCCAUAUCAAGAGAUUCUCUACAGAGGCAAAACAAAUAUGCAAAAAGAAGAGAGGGUCCCAUUUUGGUAGACUUUCAUCCUGCCUCACCAAACUAUCACCAGGCAAUAAAAAGACAGCCACCACCCUGAGAGCUUUUCCCAGAAGUUCAGAAUUUGCUUACAGCAAUAGCUGUCAGAACAUCCAUGUGUUGCUUUCCAUCAACCACCUAAUCUAUACAGACGAUUACUGAGAGCUGUCCUAAAAUCACUGAUCAGCAAUCCUGGAUCACACCACUGUCAAUCCAGCCGCUGCAUUACUUUCACUUUUCUAAAGAAUACCAUCACUUUUAGCAGUACCACUACCAAGAAAACCUAUUACAUCUGGGGGAAACUCAUCUGUACUUCCACCUGUCAUAUAUAUUAAAGAGCGCAGAUGUCCAUAUUGCCAUAUGCGCUAUGUAGGCAAAACAUCCUCAGACUUGAAGCCAUCUUUCAGGAAGCACAAAUCUGCCAUCUUAACAAAGAACAACCUAUGGGCAGAUACUUCAACUCAGCCAACCAUCAUCUCAAUGAUAUGGAGAUCUAAGAGCGCCUUUCAUCCAACUGCAACAUCUGGCCAUCAUUCUUUUCUUGUCACUUGCCCUUGGACUCUGCUAACAUGGCAUUCUUCACUGCCAUCUUAUGAACUGUAUGUGCUCACACACAUCAUGACGAACGCUAAUGGAAGCCACCAUGGGACAUCCACACCUACAGCUUCUCUUGCUGCAUCAUUUCGCCUUUGUUCUAGCCACACAGGAGUCUUUUUGCCAGGAAGUACUGCAGGUAUAGGCAAUAUAAGUAAUUCAAGCACCCAGAAAGAAAGAAGAGAAUAAUUGAUUAGAAAUACAUUUUAAAAUGUUGCAUAAUAAAGAAAUACGCAAACCCACUGAAAUAAAACCUUCAUAGAGUAUCCACAUAAGAAAUCCAACACUUAAUGAUCCGCAUAUAAAAAAAGAUCAAUAAAAUCAAUACAUGUAAAUUUCCCCACUCCGAUUUAUUUAUUCAGAAGCUUUCAGAAUCCUGAGUCUAACAGAAAGAGAUGAUUUUUUUUAAAAAAAAUUAUCAAUUCUCCAUUAGUGGAGCUAAACUAAUAAACGGGGGUGGGGGGACUAAACAUCUGAGAAAAUGUUAGAAAAAUUCAAAGUCUUUUCAGAACCAUAAUUCUAAUAAGAAAAGAUCAAGAAAAAGAAAAGCUCCUGCCUGCAGACUUCCCCAAUGAAAGCUGUAAAUUUCGUCUCCAUAGGUUCAAUGCUGGUAGUGAAAGCUCUAAAGUGAGAAUGUAGUUAUCUGGUCAUAAAACCCUUCAUAAUGCAAACCAAAUAAAGCAGGAGGAUCCCUCAAGCAGAACUUAAGCUGAUUAACAUAAAUGCAGAACUCUGUGCCAAAACUAUGAAGCAAGAGCUUAAGCAGAUCACAUUAAUCACUUCCUACUGGCUCUCUUCUCAAUACACAAUACAGCCUCCUAAAAAGUCCAUGGGAGGUUCAAAAAUGAUGGAAACACAGAGACUGAGGAACAAAAAUGCAAGGAAUCCUGUUAGUACUUACAAGCUCAAAAGGUAUUCUCAAUUGUGGGAGUGUCAUUAAAAACAAAAGGGAUAGCGACAAAAAUAGAUCUAAAGUCUAAUGAAAAAGAUUUUAAAAAACGAUUUUGAACUUCCCAUUCGACUGUCCAGAUAAUCCAAGGGCUUAGGAAAGAAGAAAGUUAAUUAUUAGAGAGGAAGAAACUGACCAUGCGAAGACAUGAAGUAUGGAUAUUUUAAACCCAGAGCCAAGACAAAAUUCCCAACCCAUGCACACCAAAUACGAGACGUUUUGGCAAAUGUUCAUGACUGGCAUCUAGAACCUAUUAUAUAAAAACGAGAUGAACAACAGGGAGGAAUUUGAGAGAAGGGGGAAAAGUUAAUUUAAAGAGAAGAGGAGAUCUUAUGAAAUACUAAAAUGAAAUUCCUCAAUGAAAAAUCAAACAAAAAAAUAACUGCAUCUGGAACUCUCAAUCUUCUGAAAACCAAAUACAUCUUCAGUGCCAUAAUCUCAUGCAAUACCAUCAAAUCAAACUUCAGUUUUAACCCAUGAUUUGAAAAAAUAGAGAAAAAACAAUACCCUUUAGUAUAAAGAUUUUCCUCUUCACAAGAAUUUUUGAUAACAGCUGUUAAAUUAACAGGGAAUCCAUAAAACCAAUUCUUCAUAUUGGAAAAGACUAAUUACAUGUACAGGACAAAAAUAUAACAGUAAUUAUAAUUAUAGAUGAAAUGUAUAAAUGUAUAAACUAAUUUCCCCUAGUCUCUAUAAUACUUUUGGAAACUACAAUAACAGGGAAUCCAAUGGGGAAAAAUUAAUCAGCUUUCAGUAAAAUCUAUCUCUUAUAAGUAAGUUCAACCUAAUAGCUUCAACAGAUAAAUUCACCUAUAUGCCUUUAAACACAGAUUUCCCUAUUCACCAAUACCAUACAUUUGCUAUUUCUUCAGAGGGAAUAAACUGAAUAUGUUCAUAUUAAAUAAGCAUAUAAUAAUAGCUAAAAUAACAAACUAAACAUAUUAGUAUAAAUUGUGAUAACCUAAAUGUAUACAUUUUUAUCUUGAAAUAAAGCAAUAGGAAUUUAAAAUCUUAUUAAUAUUAAAAAAGGAUAAUAAAAGUAAUGGAUU